GUCAGUGCAACACCCGACGUAGAACGCGCGGCCGCGAUGCGAAAGCCAACGAACAAUUUAAAAAACGAACACGAAUCAACAUUCUCAAUUUGAAAAUUAACCAUUCUUCUAACGUAUUCUGUUAAAAUCGAACGUGUGUUUCAAAUUCAAAAUUGGAAUAAUGUGAAUUUGUUUUUUUUUUUUGCUUUUUUUCUUCAUGUGCAGGAAUGUGGUAGUGUCCAUGUACAAAACCAGUGUUGUGUGAUUUUUUUAUUGUUUUUUUUUUUAAUGAGGUGACAGCCUCGGAGGUUUUGUGUGGGAUCGAAUCGUUUUAAAGACUGAAUCAUGUGGCGACUCCUGGUAAUGACAGCGCUCCUAGCGACCGCGCGUUCCAAACAGCUACCCUCCUCCACCGAAUUAGCAACGACAACAGUAGGCACAGCUACAGAAGCCGACACCACAGCGUGGCCGAGCUCCGUCGCCCCUCUCGACACUCUCACCGUGUCCUGCGAGAAGGACAGCAUGCAUGUUACCGUGUCGCUGUCCAGUACCCACGGCAGGAACAGCAUAUACGACACGUUCAACGGCAUCGUCUACCCAGCAGGCCUGGGCAGCAACUCGUCCUGUCUCCGGGAGUAUGUCUCCGAGAAAGGGGACCUGCACUACACGCUCCCUCUGAGAGGGUGUAACACUAUGUCUAAUGAUAAUGAGGACGGCACCGUAGAGUACUACAACAACAUAAUAGUGCAGCCCCACCUGCGCCUGGUGACGGGCCAGGGUCGAGGGUACCACGUCCGCUGCAGGUACCGCCGACGGGAUCUCACGCACUUCCAUCUGUACCGGCCGCGCGCUGAUCGGCUGACUAACUCGCUGGCUGAUGAUUUUAGUAGUGAUCAUACCAGUGACGAAUUCGACGAGGACUCAGGACUGUUACCUUCCGUAUCUAUGAAGAUUUAUAAGGGAGACCCUGAAGAUAAACAGGUGGCAUCAAACGUACGCAUAGGAGACAUCCUGAGCCUCGUGGUGUCGUUAGAGAAGCAGCGACAGUUCGGUCUGCUGGUCUCCGAGUGCUCAGUGCGGGACGGCCUCGGCUGGGCCGAGCAGAGCCUCAUAGCUGAUGAUGGCUGCCCUCUAGACGGCGAGAUAAUGGGACAGUUCCAGUACUCGUCAGACAGACAGACGGCUCGCGUCUCGUUCCCGGCACACAAGUUCCCUUACACCGCCAGUGUGUAUUACACCUGUGAGGUUAAACUGUGCGAUCUGAAGCAUCCUACUGAUUGUGAGCCCUGUUCCCACAAGAGGCGAGUGCGUCGUGAUGAUGAAGGAUCACCGGCUACUGUGGAACUCUUCAAAGGCCUGUACGUCAACGAAGCUGACUCUCCUGAUAACGAUGAGGUUACCAGUGAAAAGAAAGAAGACGAAAUCUGCAUAUCCCAGAAAAACUUCGCUAUGGGCAUCUGCAUAGCUGGAGUUAUUCUGAUGAUUUGCGUCAUAGCUGCCAUCGCCUAUAUCCUCGCUAGGAGACGAAACCCCAAGACUUACUCGCGAACUGGCAGCUCUUUGUACAGUGGGCCUUACACCAACACUGGGUAUUCACAUACCAGUUAAAUUAGUUGGUUGUUUAUGCAAAUGAUGUACACCAUUUUCUUCUAAAACUUCGAAGAUUUGCACUAUUUAAGAAUAAGCGCUAACGACAAGUUUUGAUCGGCCGAUAAUUGGUUUGGGCUCAUAAAUCAGUAUGAAGAUGAAUGGAAGUAUACACGUAACAACUAUUAGAUAUUUGUCCGGUAUCAGGACGAUUAAAAACAUUGUUUUUUUUCCUACUAAAGGGCCAACAGUCAGCCAACUCUUCAUUCUGCUUAACUAUAACGGUAAUGCCGAUGUGACCAAUGGGCGGCAAGUAUACGGCUGGUUAUAGUUUGGUUAUCGUUAUAGUUAAAUGGUGCAACUUACCCAGUGAUUGAAUACGCGCAAUAAAAGUAUUUCUUUCGCUAAAAUAAAGUAAAAAGAUAUAAAAGAUUUAAGCAGUGCUUACUUUCGAGUGUUCCCAUUUGGACAAUUUACAAAUCAGACUAUUAUUUGAGAAAGAAAAGAAACAAAAUAAUUAUGGAAAUAAAAAUGUUCCCUUUAUUUUGAACUGCAGUGUAUGUCAUUUAGCUCAGUGCCAUUUAAGUAUUGGACAUGUAUGUAAAAAAUAUCUUUUAUUUAGACAUUGGUUUCAGAAACAGCGAAUUUUUUAAAUAAUUUUAAAAGUGAAGGUGUUUAAAUUUUAAGUCUUUUUUCAAAAUUUAUCGCCAUUUUAUUAAGUAAAUUUCGCAUAUAAAGUUUAAAUAUUAGGAUAUAUUUUUUUAAUAAAUUAUUUGGAAAUCGAAAUGCCAAUUUGAUGGUGAAAAUCGAAUAACAGUGAGUUAAUAAUUUUUUCAACUUUUUUUUAAGUUGUGGCAAUUUUCACAGCGAGUGAGUCAUAUAUUA